GUGUAAAACUCGCCUCCGCCUGUUGCUGCUGCUGCUGCAGAGAGUUUAGUGUCUUGUCCUCCUUCGCUGUCAUGGAGCCGCAGGAGAAGAAUCACCACCAUCUUGGCUCACUAUUGUUGAGCGUGUUGUUCGUGUUGUGUUUUCAGCUGAAGUUUGCUGUGGCGGGAGAUUGCCCUGCAGACGGACGCACCUGGGUGCCUUUUCAAGACAGAUGUUAUCACUUCGUCCACGGAGAAGAAGACAAAAUAAAAAGCUAUACCUUUGAGAGAGCAAGAUCUCUCUGUCAGGGUUAUGAGCUUUUGACCAUACAGAGUGCAGAGGAGAACGACUUUGUUAUUAAAUAUAGCCCAAAGGUGUGGAAAGGCAAUGUCAACGUGUGGCUGGGAAUGAGCUAUGAUACAAACAGUGACGACAUGAGGUGGUUGGGUGAGGACUCUGUGGGAUUCACUAACUGGGAGGACAGCUCGUCUCCGUCAGACCUUGCGCCCUUGGACAUGUGUGUGGCCCUGCACAGCGACACGGGGAAGUGGGAGAAUGUGAGCUGUCUGGACGACGUGGAGAACGGAGUGAUCUGUGAGGCAGCGCAGAAAGCAGAGAAAGCCAAGCAGAAACCCAAUGUGCUGCUUUCCACCCUGGUCAUCCUCAGUGUCGUUGGUAUCAUGGGAGUCUCGGCAGUUAUUUGGUUCCUGCACCAGAAACACAACAUCGGCUCCACCAUCCUGACGGCAUUCGAGUAUCACCCUCCGUUCCGAGUCCUGGACACAGACCAGUCCUGCCUGGUGGAGGCCGAGGAAACUGACAGUGUGCCAUAGGAGAACGUACUCUCACCUGGCCCCAGUGGGCGUUCAUGUAAAGAGAAGUCUUCUCUUACAACAGUUACUGAGACAGCUUUUGGGAUAACACGUGUUAGAGUAUUGUGAGGGGGAAAAAUGACCGGGCCUUUUCUCUGACACUAACCUCUUCACUCUGGCUCAUAAAUAUCUCACUACUACUUUGCUUUUGUCUGGAGAAUCUGCUGUCGUUUUCUCCCGAUUGAUUCAUUUUCCUCAAAAAUCAUCGCUUGGUUGUACAUAGUAUCAGAUGCUUGAAUAACUUUUGAAAUCAUUAUGGUAUGUAAUGUUUAAAAGAGCAAAGCAGCCGUAGCGUAAUUUUGUGAGUUAACACGCAUUUUCUGUUGGUGUGAAAACCCGUUUGUGGUCGUCUUCUGUAGUUGACUUGCUUGAGUUCGGUUUGAUUCAUGUGUCUUCAGAUGACCACAGAAGACGACUGUGACCUGGACGAGUGAGAACCUUCACAGGCCCCAUAUAUGGUCUUUAAUUUCCAUAAAAUUGGGAGACUUACAAAUCGACCUAGAAGAGGCUGGUAUAUCCUGAUUCAUAUUCCCCGAGUAUGACUUUUAAAUACAUUUCCGCACAAUGUGACAAAGUGCAUGCUCUCAUUUGAUGGCAUUGUAACACAGACUCUCCGUUAAAAGCUAAUCAUCGGUUUUAUUUUUGCCAGAAAUCGUGCCGCUUCCUCCAGAGCAGGAAGUAUGACGCAAUCACUUAUAGAGGCUGACAAGUCGACUGUAAAAUUCCUUUGAGCGUGCUCUCAUGAAUUCAUUCAAUCGUGGAUAGGUGAAUGUUUAAUCCGAUGCUGUCAAGGGCACAUGUGGUGUGAUCGAUUGCAUGUCGAUAUGUAUGUAUGCAUGUAUGUACUCAGUUCCUGAGUUCUGCUCCCAGACUCGUCCGGACCACUUUCACUGCAUUUUGUAAAGUGGCACCGAGGGCUGGAUCUUAUCCGUCCAAACUUGUUUUGUUGCCAAAAGACCUUCUGGAAAAUCUUGGUUGUGAUGUGAGGCGAACAAUCAUUCGAGCAGUAAUUAUUGUCACUGUGUCAUUUUUCAUGUUGUCAUGAUUUUAGUUUCGGAAUUAUUGAUCAUCCUGUUAAAGACAAUCUAUAUUUGGCCGCAUGAUGGCUAAAUUGCACAAUAAUGACCCCUUUUAACAUUGUUUUUGUUUGUUUGUUUUUAUUGUUUUAUUUAGUCCCCCCUCAACAGUAUUAAUAUGCUUUUGUGCAAUAUCUGGCAUUGAUUUGGCAGAACCUGAGCCUCUGUGUGUUUUUCAAAUUAAAGAAUGUUUGUAAGACUG